AUGAUGGACACUGUCUCAAGAGAAGCAAUCAGCCGUCUCCCUGACGAGGUUCUGGGCAAAAUCUUGUCCUUCCUUCCCACAAAACAGGCUGCUUCAACAUCUAUUCUCUCGAAAGAGUGGAGGUAUUUGUUUAGACUGGUGGAUAAUCUCGAUUUUGAUGAUAAAGAUAAAAAAUCAAGGUCUAUGUUUAGUUUUUUGGCUGACCUCCUCGAGAUUGAUCUUGAUGACAAAGAAUCAAGCUAUGUGUUUCCAGAGAGCUUCAAGAAUUUUGUGGACCGAACACUGUCUUUGCAAUGCGGGUAUCCCAUCAAGAGAUUAUCUCUAAAGAUCAAAGCUGCCAAGAACAAUGACUGCAACAAGACUUGUGUAGGCCGAUGGAUAUCUAAUGUCGUAGAACGUGGUGUUUUGGAACUAGACCUAAUGAUAAAACUUCCUAGAUUUCAAUGUCUUUUUUCUUUGGGUAAAUCUCCAAGUGUGCAUGGCUUUCUUCCUCCAAAGCUCUUCGCAAGCAAAUCGCUGACUAAGCUCUCACUAGGAAAACAUCUCUAUCUUGAAAAGCUUCCUUCAUGUGUGUCACUUCCAUCUCUUAAGAGUCUCUUCCUCGAUAUGGUUUUCUUUGAAUGUGGUGAAGAAGGUUUGUCUUGUGUGCUUCUUGCUGGUUGCCCUGCCCUCGAGGAGUUAUCACUACGUUACAGUAACUUUUCAGAAAUGCCUAACAACAUAACGAGUCCAUCUCUCAAGAGACUAUCAGUUGAUUACGGUUCUCCUAUAUGUUUCGAUGAUAAAUCUCACGUUUUAUCAUUUGACCUGCCAAAUCUUGCUUACCUCGACUACACUGGUUUCGCAUUGGGUGACUAUCCAAUAGUUACUUUGGAUUCUUUAGUCGAAGCUAAGCUGGAUCUUCAAAUGACAAAUAUGGUGAUUUAUCCAUUCGUGAAGCUUCUGCCUUUGUUUGACAAUCUUGUUAACUUAUCUCUUGGGAGCAAGAACAGGAAAUGUUGGAAAUUGCUCGUGUAUCUGCUUAAGCACUCUCCAAAGCUUGAAACUCUAGUCAUCGAGGAUCUGGAUGGUUACACAAGCGUCAUCUGCAUGCCUUUGAACAACGUCAAGGUCUUGAGUGUUCUUGGUUAUCGAGGAACUGCUCAAGAGUUUAAACAGUUGAAGAGUUUUCUGUGGAAUUUUGAAUGCCUUGAGCUGCUUCAAGUGGAUGUUACGGAAGAUGAUGAUGGCAUGUUACUGAAAGCCACCGAGGAUCUAGAGAGGCUUUGUGGAGCUUCUGUUUCGUCCAAGUGCCACAUCAAAGCCACUCGUACUAGACUCUAG